GAACGAGACAUGGAUGGCACGUAUUGAACGCUCGCUUGGUUGGUGCUACUGCUAUGCUGGAGGCGACAGUCCUGAGAACCGAUACCAGUAUUAUGGAGGAGUCGGAGCAUAGGAAGGGUUCAUCGGUAGUCCAAAGCCAAGACGUAUUUAUCGCGACCAAGUUCACAGUCCUCGGACUUCCUCUCCUCCCACAUAUCUCGAUCCCUAGUGUCAAACAUGUCAUCGAAGGCCGAAUACGAGCAUCGCGAGUCUGACGAGUAUCUUCUCAAGCCAGACCAAUAUGUCCAGCAGAGCCAUCGUUCACGCCGAUGGGCGUUCCUCCGUCCGCUCAUCUAUGUCGGGGUGGUCAUUGUCGGCUUCGUCGAGAUAAUUGUUCUGUCUGUGUACCUAGUUGAGAUGAGCCGGCAGCCGGCUCUACGCGAUCUAAAUGGCUUGGUUCCUGAUUUUCCCACUCAUCAAGUUCUUUUCCGACUUGAUCCCAUGGCGGUUUCCGACCACCGAACUGAAAAGUCCAAAAGCGCGACGAAGGAGAACUGGCUCUCGUAUAUGCCUCGAGGCAAUGGGUUCAUCGAGGUAAACCACACAGAGCAACUUCAAUACGUCCUGUCUCCGCCAAUCGACAAAUUUGGGAAGAAUCUCUACGCGGUUGCAGUCUUCCACCAGAUGCAUUGCCUGUACGCGAUCAUGGCCGCAUACGACGAUCUCGUCGCAGGCAAAUCUUCCAUGCACAAAUCCCGCGACGCACAUGAGCAUGAUCACUUUCAUCACCAUGAGAAUACCGACGGAGACGAUCUCGAAGGUCCCCACGGUCAUGUUAAUCAUUGUUUCCAGUACCUGCGGGAGUCAUUGCUUUGCUGCGGGGACACGGCCCUGGAGGGUCAGGGUCAGAGGAAGCAACCAGGAACCGACGGAACGGGUGCGGUGCAUGAAUGUAAGGACUUUGAUGCGAUAAUGGCCUGGGCAGAUGAAAGACGGAUCAUGGAUGGUAAACACCCGUAA